AUGAAUCGUAUGAAAUAUACAAUUAAACAAGAUCCUGAUGCAUUAGAUUUAACAAAUCGUCCACAACAUUUAUUAUCACCAUCAAUUGAUAAUGAAGAUGAUGAUGAAUAUCUUCAUAGUGACGAUGAACAACAUAAUGAUAAUAUACAAGAAACAAGUGAUUUUAUUAUAAAAAAAACAACUUAUGAUAGUGGUUUUGUUGAUACUAGUGAUGAGAAUAAUGAUUUAACUAUGGUUAAACAAGAACGAAAUCGUCAUCAUUAUCAUAGUACACCAUUACGACCUCAACAAAUACAUUCUCAUGUACGUCAUCCGAGCACAAGUAGUAGUACAUGUUCAUCACCAACUAAUCAAGAACGUUCACAUUCACCUGUUGAUGAUAAAGAAUGUCGAAAUACAAGAUUUCUUGGUAGUCGAGCUGUUGCAGUACUUAAUCAUUGGUUUCAAUCAAAUCGUGAUUAUCCAUAUCCUGAUGAUGAACGAACUGAUCGUUUAGCUCGAGAAGCAGGUAUUACACAAAAACAAGUUAAAAAAUGGUUUGCAAAUAAACGUGUACGAAGUCAAAUGUGUUAUAAACCACUUUAUCGUUCUCGAAAAUCUCGAAAUUCAUCUUCAAUUCGUCCAACACAAAAUCAAGUUCCACCACCAAUAUCAACACCAUCAUCAACAACAGCAGCAGCAGCAGCAACAACAACACAAACUCGUCGUCCGCAAACGAACUAUAAUUAUAUUAUUAAUCAUAAUAACAUAGCAACACCAGCACCAUUACCAGAUUUUACUAAUGUAUUUCCAGGUCCAAAUCCUGCUUUGUUUAAUCCAAUGGCUGCUUCAAUGAUGAUGUUUAUGAUGCAACAACAUUUAAUGACAACAAUGAUGGCUGCAGCUGGUUUACCUCAAUUACCUUCAACACCCAUAGCUCCUCCGACACCAACACCUACACCUAAUUCUUCAACAAGUCCAAAAAAAGCAAAUGUUGAUCGUAUUACAAGAUUUUGGUUAUAA